AUGGGUUCGAAUGAAAAGCCCUGUCGAAACUGCGAAGCGCUUAGAGCGCAACUUGAACAAAAAGAAGCUAUCGUAGACAAAUAUCAAAAAAUAGUUCAGUCUCAAAACGAGCUUCUUCAGGAUUUGACACAGAAAAGUCCAUUUGUAUCAGGAUCAUCACGUAAACAAGGCGACAAUUUUGGCCACUUAGGAACAUCUUCGUCUUUUGAUUUAAAUAGUAAGGUUACAGCGCCUAAAACCCGUGGCAAACAAGCUUUUAUCGGAUCCAUUACAGAUGGGAUUGACAAAGAAACGUUAAAGAAAUGUCUCGAAGACGCUUUUGGUGCCGUUGAAAAUAUCGAUAUGAUACCUUCUAAAGAGCGUUGGCAAAAACUUUUUCAAUCUUUACAAAAUCCUACCAAAUAUUGCGCACUUGUCAACAAAUUCGCUUCUCCUAAGCACAUCCAAUCAUUUUUAUCAACUACUCCUAAUAUUGAACAGGUUUCAUUUAUCGAUUUGCCUUGUUACAUUUCUUCUGAAAGGUUUAAACAACCAGAAAAGGAUGAAAAUGGGAUACUGAACUAUUAUUUAUUAGAUGCUGCAAGUAUUAUGGUAGUUAAAGCACUUGACUUAAAUAUUACCGAUGUCAUAUUAGAUUUAUGCGCUGCUCCUGGUGGAAAAAGUCUUGUCAUCCUCCAAUAUUUGUUAUCUUCCAUUAUUCACAACAGUAAUAAUACGGAUUAUAGUGGAUUCCUAACAGCAAAUGAUCCAUCUCCUGGUAGAUGUAGACGUCUAAAACAAGUUAUAACUGAUUACAUUCCACCUUCAUUACAACAUCAUAUAAACAUUUUAUCAUUAGAUUUAACUCUCUCACUACCUACUUAUGAUAAAAUUUUAGUUGAUGCUCCAUGUUCCGCUGAACGUCAUUUAUUACAUUCUCCUAGCGAAUUUUUAAAAUGGAAACCGUCCCGAUCUAAAAUUAUGUCUCAAAAACAAUACAAAAUACUACUAGAUGCUGUUAAAGGUAUACAUGUUGGUGGUUUAUUGGUUUAUGUUACUUGUUCGAUAAAUAAGUUUGAAAAUGAAGAAGUUGUAAAGAAAAUAUUAAAGAAUAGUUGGGUGCCUUUAGAAGAAGUUAAGAGAGAGUGGGUAAUAGGAGAAUCAUGUGAAAAAGGAUGGAUUGUCUUACCGGAUAAGUGUGAUGGUUGGGGUCCCUUGUAUUUUGCAAUUUUGAAAAGGGUCGGAGAAGGUGAAUUUAGAAAGAAAGAGAAAAAAACGUUUAAAAGAUUUAAUAUUGAUAAAAAUAGAGCAGAAGAGGACUACGAUGAAUGA